GAACAGCCCCCAAAGCUGAUCUUCCUUUGAGCUCAGCCCUUGGCCUUCGGAGUGGCAGGGUGCCUCAGAAUUCUUCCCUCUAUCCAGUAUUGGAACAUCUGUGUUUCAGUGUUAUCUCCAGCACUGCCUCUCACUAAGCCCCAGAGUCUUCCUUCCAAUAUAGUCAUCAGACCCACCCAACUCUCGAGAGGCCCCACCAAGGGCUGACUGGCUGAGACCCAGAAUGGAGACACAUGCUCCUGCAGUCUCUCCCUGCCUUCUUUGGUUAGGGGGCAGGACUCUACUUCUGAUUGGCACUACUCCCGGCCUGCCUGGUUGCCUGGCAACAGAUCUGCGUCUAUGGCAGAGGACACACUAUGGCUGGUGGUGGCAAUCCAGCAGCCAAGAGGGUGGUGAUAUACCGGAACGGGGACCCCUACUUUCCAGGCCACCAGCUGGUGGUGAGUCAACGCCGCUUUCCCACCCUGGAGACCUUCCUCCAGGAGGUGACAUCGAUUGUGCAGGCCCCAGUGGCAGUGCGGGCCCUCUAUACGCCUUGUCACGGCCACCGUGUCACUGACCUGGCCGACCUGCAGAAUGGAGGGCAGUAUGUGGCUGCUGGCUUCGAAAGAUUCUGCAAGCUGCACUAUUUACCCCCCGGAAAGAAGGAUUCAGGUGGAAAGGGCAGCAGAUUACCAGGUCCUCCUGUGACUCACUACCCACGUGACAGGACCCUUGGAUCGCAACCACCUGCAGGCUCCCCCUGCUAUAUCCAUGUGUUCAGGAAUGGGGACCUGUUAAGUCCCCCAUUUAGCCUGAAACUGUCCCAGGCUGCCAGCGAGGACUGGGAAACCGUGUUGAAGCUCCUGACUGAGAAGGCCAAACUGCAGGCCGGGGCUGUGUGCAAACUCUGCACCCUGGAGGGGCUCCCACUGUCAGCAAGAGAGGCUCUAGUGAAUGGCCAUUAUUAUGUGGCUGUCGGAGAGGAGGAGUUCAAGGCCCUCCCCUAUCUGGAGCUGCUGGUGCCUAACCCCUCACUGCCGAGGGGCUGCUGGCACCCCCCAGACCCAAAGUCUAGGCUCCUCAAGCAGCAGGCACCAGCAGCAUUCAAGCUUGGCCUGCCAGGAGUGAAGGCAAGAAGAGCCAGUACCCAGAGUCCAAGCCCCAUAUCGCCUCUACAGGCCCAUGGCCACAGGGCACAGGUACCACAGCCCUCUUCAAAGGAGCCAAGCCAAAUCGGGCCUUUUUAUGCCAAACCCCAGCAGGCCAUUCAGCCAAGAAGCAGGCUCCCCAUACCCUCAUUUUCAUUUCCAUCAGGAGUAAAGGGAGUGUAUGAGGCUCCCCACCCAAGGAAGGAGACAGCAGGGGCCCAGGAAGUGGCAGAUGACCAAGACACCUGCACAGAGGACCCCUUGGAUCAGAAACUUCAGCUGAGGGCAGGAGGCGACAAAGGAUGCUAAUGUUCCUUCCGUAUGGCCUUCCGCCUCCUCCAGAGGGCAGCGCAGAUGGUGGAUGAGGCCCUGUGCCCAGAAAAGCAGCCUGGGGCUGAGGCAGCAAUCUCAGCCUGUCUUGGGAUUCAGCAGCGCCAGUGAGGAACUGGAGUGGCCACUCAGCAGCCACCUUUCAUCCUCCUCUCCAGCAGCCUGUUUCAGAGGACCCACAGCCUCCUCUGGGCUCACAGGAUACUCUGUAGCCCCCUCAGCCCUGCCCCACUCUUCUGCUCCUAAACCUACAGCCCAGUCUUCUUUUCCUUCUGAGUAGAACAGCCCUACCCUUGGAAGCCAUGUUCCUAUGGGGUUUUCUGGCCAGAGACAGGAGGAACCAACCAAGCUUGGGGGAGAAGCUAUAAACUUGGGAGCAGCGGGAUCCCUGGGUGGCGCAGCGGUUUGGCGCCUGCCUUUGGCCCAGGGCGCGAUCCUGGAGACUCGGGAUCGAAUCCCACGUCGGGCUCCCGGUGCAUGGAGCCUGCUUCUCCCUCUGCCU